UACCAUGGCUGCGGGGCUGGGCUGGAGGCUGCUGUCUGCCCGGUGCGGGCUGCUGGGCGGUUGCUGCUCCCUGCUGGCUGGCAGUCGUAUGUCAAGUGUGCUGUUUGUGAGAGGCAAGCAGACUAGCACUUGGUGGUAUGAACAUCUCUCUCAAGAAAAUCAACAAUACCUAAAAGAGUUGGCUACAGAGGAGUACAAAGCUAUGACUGCAAGCAAGCUCUGCCCACUGAAAGAUGAGCCAUGGCCUAUUAAACCUUGGGAACCAGGCUCCAUCCGGGUUGGUGUAGUAGCAGUUAAGUUGGGAAUGAUGCCAAUAUGGACUAAAUCUGGGGAAAAACAUGCUGUCACAAUGUUGCAAGUACGAGAUUGUCAUGUUAUUAAGUACACGUCAAAAGAAGAGGCUGAUGGGAGAAGCGCAACUCUCGCUGUGGGAGGGAAAAAUGUGUCUCCUUUCUAUAAGCCAGAAUCUUUUAUGGAGAAGUACAGUGAAGCAGGUGUUCCACCAAAGCAGAAACUCAGUGUAUUCAAAGUAUCUGACAAUGCCAUCCUCAAGCCAGGUACCCCCCUCUAUGCUGCACAUUUCCGACCUGGACAGUUUGUUGAUGUCACUGCCAAGACGAUUGGCAAAGGAUUUCAAGGCGUGAUGAAAAGAUGGGGCUUUAAAGGCCAGCCAGCGUCACACGGACAGACUAAAACGCACCGUAGGCCAGGAGCUAUUGCUGGUGGUGAUCCAGCUCGAGUGUUCCCAGGAACAAAAUUGCCCGGGCCAUUGGGGAACUUCUACAGAACGUCUCAUGCCCUCAAGGUAUGGAGAGUGAAUACAAAACACAACAUCCUAUAUGUGCAUGGCUCUGUCCCAGGACAUACCAAUUGUUUAGUCAAGAUCACGGACACAAAGUUGGCUGUUAAACAAAAAGGCUUUGAAAAGCUCCCCUUCCCUACAUUUUUUGCUGAUGGAGAUGAAGAGUUGCCGGAAGACCUUUACGAUGAGGAUAUGUUCCAGUUCAAUGAGCCCUCUGUCACGUACUCUUAGUUUUUCUGCCACCUUCAUUCAUAAAGACUUUGUCACCAGAUCACUGUGCUUACAAUAAUAGAAGUAUACUAUGUUUCCAGAAGGGUUUCCCUUUAUGCUGUGACAAUUGUUAUUUUGAAGGACAGUAACAACUUACCUUAAAGGUCCAAAUAUAAUGAUUUCCGCAAUUAAAUGUGCAGUAUAUUUGUAUGGAUCUUGUGGAUCCCUAAAACCUUUUGACGACAAAGUGUGGAAGUUUUGAUUUUUCAAGGUCCUUAUGUAAUAAAGGCUAUUUGACAUUG